UUUGGCAAAAACAAGAUCCACAGAAAUCAUAAAUUUAAAGUAUUGCUGCAUAAAAGAGGAAAGCGAGUUAUCAAAAAAAAAAAAAUAUUAUAUAUAUAGAGUCGGUGUGUGAAGAAGAGUAGGAAACAAUAGACAAAAUAAAAAAAUUAGAGAAGAAAAUGAGUGAGGAGAAGAAGAAGCAGCACUUCGUGCUAGUACAUGGUGCAUGCCACGGUGCGUGGUGCUGGUACAAGGUUAAGCCGCUGCUCGAGGCUUCAGGCCACCGCGUAACCGCCUUAGACCUAGCUGCUUCGGGUAUAGACGUAACCAGGUCGAUCACUGAGAUCUCCACAUGCGAACAAUACUCUGAGCCAUUGAUGCAGCUAAUGGCCUCAAUACCAAGUGAUGAGAAGGUUGUGCUCGUUGGUCAUAGCUUUGGAGGUUUGAGCUUAGCCAUGGCUAUGGAUAAGUUUCCUGACAAAGUCUCUGUCUCUGUCUUCGUGACUGCUUUCAUGCCUGAUACCAAACACUCACCAUCGUUCGUCAUGGAUAAGGAGUUUGGAGGGGACAUGCCACAAGAAGCAUGGUUGGGCUCCAAGCUCGAACCAUACGGCUCAGACAAUUCUGGUGUGUCUCUGUCUUUCAGCAACGAGUUCAUGAGACACGCUCUCUACAACCUUUCUCCUAUUGAGGAUCUUGAGCUUGGAUUGCUUCUAAAGAGGCCCGGAUCAUUGUUCAUGAACGAAUUGUCAAGGGUAAAGAACUUUUCAGACAAAGGCUAUGGAUCUGUUCCUCGAGCUUACGUUGUCUGCAAAGAGGACAAGAUCAUUACAGAAGAACAUCAACGAUGGAUGAUCGAUAAUUAUCCGGUGAAUCUAGAGAAAGAGAUGGAAGAGACGGAUCAUAUGCCAAUGUUCUGCAAGCCUCAGCUACUCAGUGAACAUCUCUUGGAGAUAGCAGACAAAUUCGCUUAAACUAUGUUUUCUAGUAAAAAAAAUGUAUUUGAAUACAAAUAAGUGUUUGCUGCAAAUGGAUAUUUUAACACUUUCAGACUUUAUUGCUUUCUAUGGUUAAUACUAUGAGAUAAUGAAAAAACCCAACAGCCAAUGUAAGAAACU